GACAGCCGUACCUGGAAGCUGAAGCACAGGACGUGCUGAGGUAGGAUGCAGCCGCGGGGCUGGAAACUGAGCAGUCCAGUUUAACAGUCCUGUGAGACUUUGCAUUGAGGGUGAAAUGGGAAGCUCUUACUGCCGAGCUGUGCUCCGGAGUAACCCUCCCCCACCCAUAGGUGCUCAGCUGUGUGGUGCUCAGCUUUGGCGGUGUAACAUUGCCUCCCUCCUAUGCUGUUCCUGGCUGGAAGAAUUGAGCAAUAGUUGAGAAUACAUAUUGCUCGGCAGAUAAAGUCUUUUUUUCCCCCCCCUAAUUAAUUUAUACUGCUGUGUUUCAUUUCUUAGAAACACUUCUGUUAGGUAUAUUUGGUGGCUGUUGUCUGUGCAGUCUCCCUGAGAGACCGAAAGACUGGAUUAUUAAUUUACUAAUCUUGAAAAGCUGAAUCUCUGUUAUUAUCUUAUGCUAGUAAUGCUAUUUGACUAUCAAUUUAAUUCCUUGAAAUGCCUUAUUUGUGAGAUGGUUCAGAAUGGAUUCCUUUUACAAUUAUAUCUUACGAUUGUUGUGUUCUUGGAAUAAGUUUUCAGUGGAGAAUUAAGGUCAAAACAGUGAAUUAAGGUUUUUAUUCUCUCUUUGACAGUAUUAUGGAUGGAGAGCUGCUAUUCUGUGACUUAUGAAUCAGGCAAUUGGAGGUGUGGUGUUUGAGAAUUGAUGGUGCGAUUGCACUCAAAUGCUGUUCUUUCAGUAUGCAACAGAUUUUACUAAUAAAUAUCUGACAAAACAGUUUGUUUUCAAAUACCUUCUAGUCAGGCCUUGGUUGAUGUUUGGAAAAGGUUGGGGAACUUGUAGGGAAUCAGUGUAAGAGGAGGGUGCUGAAGGAAGUGGUAACCAGCUGUGAUGGUUUGGAUAAAGCUGGACAGCAGGCCUGGUUGCAGUCCUGAUUUGCUGAGACAACGCUGUGAUGGUAGAAAUACUUCCAUGAAAUGGAGUGCCAUUUCUUUUUGAGGAAAGCUGUACUUGUGCCAAAUACCUUGUUGAUAUUUAGUGUAUUACUUUUAAUCUUGACUUAUUUUAGCUUGAUGAAGUCCUCCUGUUGGGUUGAGAUAAGAUUUUAGCGAGAACUUUCUUGGAGUUGGUUUCAGCUUCUUCUUUCUUUCUUAUAUACUCCCAGCAUUGUGUGUGCUUUCCUUCUUUGUCUUAACACUUUAGAGACUGGGAUAAUUUCAAGUGAAUUAUUAUGCAGCAUUAAGAAGCUGUCAUUCACAGGCGAGAAUGCUGAUACAGUGCAUACGGGCUUCCUUAAUUCCCUGAAGAGCAGAAGAUAGAAUGCUAUUUGUUUCUCUAUAUGUAGUUGCAUUACAAAUGAAUAGCCACUAAAUGGUGCUAAAGGACUGGGAAACACUUUCCCUUCAGUGCUGCAGGACAUUUCUGCUGCCUCUGAACAGGCAAGAAAAUAUUCAAGAUUGUUUCGUGCAGCUAAGAAAGCAAUGUAUGCUGCUUUACUGCUGCCAAUCUUGUUCUUAUAACCAUGCUUUCUAGUUUGAGACUGCUUAUUUGGUGUAUGUUGGUGAGCUUCCUCAAGACUUUCUUCGUAUUACUCCAACCCAGCAGCAACAGCAGAUCCAACUGGAUGCCCAGGCAGCUCAGCAGCUGCAGUAUGGAGGACCAAUGAGUACAGUAGGCAGACUGAGCAUUACCGUAGUACAGGCAAAAUUGGCAAAGAACUAUGGAAUGACCCGCAUGGAUCCCUACUGCCGAAUACGGCUGGGGUAUGCUGUGUAUGAAACCCCCACAGCACAUAAUGGAGCCAAGAACCCUCGCUGGAACAAAGUUAUUCAGUGCACUGUUCCUCCGGGUGUGGACUCUUUUUACCUAGAGAUAUUUGAUGAGCGAGCCUUUUCAAUGGAUGAUCGCAUUGCUUGGACACACAUUACAAUUCCUGAAUCUCUAAAACAAGGAAAUGUGGAGGAUGAAUGGUAUAGCCUGAGUGGAAGGCAGGGUGAUGACAAAGAAGGAAUGAUUAACCUGGUGAUGUCAUACACGUCUUUGCCAGCUGCCAUGAUGAUGCAGCCCCAGCCAGUGGUUCUGAUGCCCACUGUAUACCAGCAAGGAGUGGGAUAUGUGCCUAUAGCAGGGCUUGAAUACUUUGCUCUGGGAAUGCCUGCAGUCUGUAAUCCUGACAUGGUACCUGUGGCAAUACCACCUCCUGCAGUCAAUCCUCAGCACCUGUGUAACGAAGAGGACCUGAAAUCUAUCCAGGACAUGUUUCCCAACAUGGACAGGGAAGUAAUCCGCUCAGUGCUAGAAGCUCAGAGAGGGAGCAAGAAUGCAGCUAUCAACUCCUUGCUUCAGAUGACUGAAGAAUCAUAGAAUCACUUCCUGCGUUGUCCCUUUCCUCAAUGCCACUUAUUUUUACUUGCCAAGCCAGGGAUUUAGCUAGAGGAAGAAUUUCCUAACAGUUUGCUGUUAGUGCAUCCUGUAUUCAAGAAUAUAUCCCCUUUUCUCCUUGAGCAUUUGGAUCUUUUCACUUUCUUAUGCUAAACUGAGUAUGUGCAGGUAGAGAAUGUCCUACAGUGCAGUGUUGAAACAUCUUUGAUAUCACCUGUGCCCUGUUUGGCUGUAUUCUGGGGGAAUAAUGCUGCUUUUUUUCCUUUCUCUCCCUCUGUUCAGAAACUUGUUCUUUACAGAAUAACUCUAUGCAGUACUGGAUUUACUACUGUUUGUUAGAUUGGAAAAAUUACUUUUCCGAUGGAGGGUUAGCUUUUUGAACAAUUUAUUUGUGUAUUGUUUAGGUUUAACCAAGCAACCUGUUUAUAGCAGAAAUUAAAAGAGAGGCCUGCUCCUUGUCCUGCAGUGGUCAAUUAUUGCUGUGAAAUAUUCAACUACUUGUGAUUGAUGGAAGACUUUUGGUUUAAUAAGUUAAAUUUCUAAAGUUGUGCUUGUUUGAUAUUUCUAAUGAGCAUCUUUCCUUCAAUCUAGCUAUUGAGCACCAAAGCAGUAUAUUAUCUCGUAUAUAUUUGGGGCUUUUAUCACAUCAUAGAACAUGGUUAUAUAUCUGUAAAAUCUUAACAAGUGACUUUUUAACUUGUGCAGUUUACUGCUAUAGCAGGACUGAGCCCUAAUGUACUCUCAUUGCAAACUGCACUCAUACUGCUGCUGCGUUCCCAUGACUAUUUCAAAGGACAAACACAGAAGGGCAGAGGGAAAGAUUUUGUACCUGGAGAAUUAAUGAAACUGUAAAGAUGUAAGGUAUUGCUGUUGAUUUAAAAAAAAAAAAAAAGUAGAAAUGUAUGAUUGAUCUGUUUAAGGCUUCUUUCCUCACAUCUGUAUUUCAGCAAAGUUACCAUUUUAUAUUAGUAGACAAACUGUUGUAUUUCUUUGUGCAGUUUGAAAGUAGAAGCAUGGAAAACAGUCUCAGAAUCUUUGAAUGUCACUGAGUUGCCCAAUGACUUGUUGAUUGUGGUUGCUGUGGUUGCCAAAUGGUUGAGGUUGGAGGGCAUCUCUGAAGGUCAUGUGGUCCAACACAAUUUAUUUGAUACAGGUGGAAAUAACUUCAUGGAAGAAAAUGUAACAUAUCCGACUCAGUCUGAUUCUCAGAGGAGGUUAGAGGUUGCUUGUAUUUAUUGUUAGUGUUUUUUUCCAGGAAACAGCUCAUCUUGGAGCUGCAGAACCUUACAGUAGGCACCGGUUAUCCUGUUGGAUAAUUUUCUGCAGUCUCUUUAUGUAGAUUAUAAAGUAAUGCACUUUAAGUAGUACGAACCAGUUAAUUUUUUCAGUGAUGUGCAAUGUUGCUGUUUUAUCUUUUUUAAUGUUUGAUUUCGGAUACUUUCUACAACAGCCAUAAACUGUUACAUUUUCAAGAGUUGGAAUGAAUGUACACUUGAAAUCCAGGCUCUUAACUGAUUCAUGAGAACUUUACUUUUAAAGCAGAGUCUGGAAUAGGGAAAAGGGACCCUUAUUCUCUCUUUCCUCAAACUCUGCUGCAUGUUACAUACUCUUUCAUAUCUGCUGAAAAGCUGUUUUUUUCCCUACAUACACAUAAGAAAUCUUUAGGUAGCACUGGUGGUAAAGUAUGAAUAUUUAUUUUUAUAAUGAAAAAUGAUGCUGAAACUUUUAAAAUACAAUGUUCAAAUCUAUCCUGAUUCCUGAUCUUUUAAAGCUGUUUUUCAUAAUAAAGAGCUUUACGUUUUGUUACAAAUCUCCCUACAGUCGUAAAUUUACCCUUGAAAGCAUAAAUAUCCUUGUACAUCCUCCCAUGGUCUUAAUGAGAUUCAGGGUACACUUUUUGUGCUUUAGUAGUGGAGUCCCUGCAUUUUGUUUUUCUAAAAUAAAACGGGUGGUCAUCAAGAAACUUGUCUUGUACCUUCCCUCCAGUUCCUGUAAGUGUUGUGAUUAAAUAGGUGUGGAGGCAUUUGGCCUCUAUCUUCAUAGCAUAGAAACCUGACAUUGAUGCCCAAGAGGGUAAAUAUUUGUAAAGUUUCAACUCUCAGAUAUCUCCAGUAAGACCUCCCCUGUGCUGACUCUUACUCAAAGUGAAUUGAUAGAGAUGUUACAAUUCAGAGGAAAUGUAUCUAUUGGAUUUUUUUAUAUUAAAAUGCUGGGAUCCACAAUAACAGCUUUUAGAAAGGCAGCAGUCACAAUUCAACUUAAAGGCUGGUGAAUUGUACCGCAUCCUGUGACAGCUCCAUGUCAAGGACAGAACAAACACUCUUCAAUUCUAACCAUCAGAAGUUAUGAGAAUGCUAGCUUAGCUAACAUAAACUAGGUUCCAGGCCUCUGAGCAAGCUGUAGCUCCUGUUAAAUAUUUGUUGUUAUUUUUGUUUUAUGCAAAUGCUAUGCAAAAUAGGGUAGGUAGGAGCUGAAGACAGGAGAUUUAGGAGCAGUGUGGCCAGUAGAUCUGUUUCAACAUGUUAAACUGUACUUAAUACUGUUCUUGGGAUUUUGAUCUUGAUUUACUUAAGCAUUAUAGCCGAAACUUUUAUUUCAAGAUCUUCUUUUUAAAUGCAAACACUGAUUGUGAUCUUACUCAGCUUUUCAGCAUAAGUAGCCUCUCAGUUAAUCUGCUCAUUCAGCUUUGAAUUGGAAAGAGGUGGAAAAGAGGUGGGGAGUAGGCUGGCUUUCCUACAGUCUGUGAAAUGAAAGCGUUGGAACCAAAAGUCUGAUUCUUUAUAUAAAUUGUCACUGUUGUAGCUUUUGAUGAAACGCUAAUGGGAUGAUACUGUUCGACACUGUUCUUCCUUCUGCUCAACAGCUUCAAGCAGCUCGGAACCAAAGCCAGAUGUAAAAGCCUGGCACCUGCUAGAAAUGAAUGCAUUUUGUACUAAUUUGAGUCCUACCAAGAGCCUGAACUUGCUAAGAAUAGGAACAUUUUUUGUCUAGCUAGAUCCUUGCUGCUUUCUUCUCUACUGCUGUUUGCAUCUGUUGAUGGUACCGAAUGUUUUUUCCCUUACAAAUGUUGUUGCUUGUUUGGUUGAUCUGUAAUACAAUACAGAGGAUGUUCUUUGCUGUAAUAAUUCUGAAGACAUUGUUUCUCUCUGUAUUGAGGUCCAGUGUCCAAAUGUUUCUUGCACUCUAGAAUACAUAAACUUUUUUGUUCUAAUUUAAUAAAUGUAUCAUCUAAAUGAA